AUGGCCAACACCACUCCCGCUUCCUCGAACGGUGCCGCUCCGCCCUCGAGCAACGCGAGCUCCUUCGAGGUGCUCAGCAACCCCUCCACCCCGCCCAAGCCCGUAAGUCUCCCUGGCCCAGCCUGCGCCGCCGCCGCCGGGCCUGACCGUCCGCGCCAGCACCACUACGAAGAUGUCGCCAUCAUCGGCAUGUCGUGCCGCGCCGCCGGCGACAACACGUCGCCCGAGAAGCUGUGGCAGUUCCUGCUCGACAAGAAGGACGCCUCGGGCGAGGUGCCCAAGAAGCGCUGGGAGCCGUGGUACCGCCGCGACGUGCGCAACCCCAAGGAAAUCGACAAGGCCAUCAACCGCGGCUACUUCAUCCAGAACCUCGAGGACUUCGAUGCCUCCUUCUUCGGCAUCUCGCCCAAGGAGGCCGAGCAGAUGGACCCCCACCAGCGCCUCGGCCUCGAGCUGUCGUGGGAGGCCCUCGAGAACGCCGGCAUCGACCCCAAGACCCUGGCCGGCUCCGACACGGCCGUCUACAUGGGCGUCGACUCGGACGACUACUCGCGCCUGCUGCUCGAGGACAUCCCCAACAUCGAGGCCUGGAUGGGCAUCGGCUCCACCGCCCACGGCAUCCCCAACCGCAUCUCCUACCACUUCGACCUGAUGGGCCCCAGCUCCGCCGUCGACGCCGCCUGUGCCUCGUCGCUGGUCGCCGUGCACAUGGGCCGCCAGGCCAUUGCCACCGGCGAGUCCAACGUCGCCAUCGUCGGCGGCGUCAACGUGCUGUGUUCGCCCGCCCUUUUCGUCAUGCUGGGCAAGGCCGGCGCCCUCUCGCCCGACGGCGUGUGCCUGUCCUUUGACGACGACGCCCACGGCUAUGCCCGCGGCGAGGGCGGCGCCGUGCUGGUGCUCAAGCGCCUCGCUGACGCCAUUGCCGACAACGACAACGUCCUCGCCGUGCUCAAGGGCAGCGCCCUGGCCCAGGACGGCAAGACCAACGGCAUCAUGGCCCCCAACGCAAAGGCCCAGGAGCUGGUCGCCCGCCAGGCCCUCGAGCGCUCCGGCGUCGACCCGCUGACCGUCAACUACAUCGAGGCCCACGCCACCUCGACCUCGCUGGGCGAUCCCACCGAGGUGUCAGCCAUCUCCGCCGUCUACGGAAAGGGGCGUCCCGCCGACGCCCCCGCCCACAUCGGCUCCAUCAAGCCCAACGUCGGCCAUCUCGAGGCCGCCGCGGGCGCCAUCAGUCUGGUCAAGGCUGUCCUGGCCGUGAACAAGGGCGAGCUCGCCCCGCAGACCCGCCUGCAGAAGCUCAACACCCGCGUCGACUGGGAAAAGUCGGGCCUGAAGGUGGUGCGCGAGCGUACCAAGUGGGCCGAGCCCCAGGGCGUUCCGCGCCGCGCCGCCGUGUGCUCGUACGGCUACGGAGGCUCCGUCUCGCACGUCGUCAUCGAGGAAUCGCCGUCGUCGGUGCUCGGAAUCACCGCAGUCAAGGAGGAGGAGCACAAGAGCCAGGGGCCCGUCACCCUGGUCAUUUCCGCACCGCAGGAGAAGCGGUUAGCAAACCAAGCCAGCGUCCUGGCAGACUGGCUGGCCGGUGCCGGCAAGGACGAGGAUCUCAAGGCCGUUGCCGCCACCCUGGCGCUCCGCCGCGCGCCACACCACUACCGCGCCACCUUCAUCGUGGCCAGCCACGAGGAAGCCGUCGAGUCGCUGCGGACCUUCGCCAAGGGAGGCUCCGUGGAAUUCAUGGCCGACGGCCGCGUGUUUGACAACGCCACCAGGACCGAUGCCGUGUGGGUUUUCUCGGGCCAUGGCGCGCAGUGGGCCGACAUGGGCAAGGAGCUGCUCCAGAACUCCGUGUUUUUGCAGGCAGUGGCGCCGCUGGACGAGAUCGUGCAGAAGGAGGUGGGCUACUCGGCAAUCAAGGUGUUGGAGACGGGCGAUUUUGAAGACUCGGACCGGAUCCAGGUGCUGACGUACGUCGUCCAAGUCGGCCUCAGCCAGGUGCUCAGGUCCAAGGGCGUCGAGCCCCAGGCCGUCAUCGGCCACUCGGUGGGUGAGAUCGCGGCGUCGGUCGCGGCGGGCUGCUUGACGCCCGAAGAGGGCGCGCUCGUGGUGACGCGGCGGGCCAGGCUGUAUGCCCAGGUCAAGGGUCUGGGCGCCAUGGCGCUGGUCAACCUGCCCUUCUCGCAGGUUGCCACCGAGCUGACCGGCCGCCACGACAUCGUGCCCGCCAUCGACUCGUCGCCGUCGUCGUGCGUCGUCAGCGGCGAGGCGGGCCCGCUCGCCGAGUACGUCGAGAGCCUGAAGGCGCGCUCGAUCAAGACGUUCCAGGUCAAGACGGACAUUGCCUUCCACUGCCCGAUGCUCGAGAAGCUGGCGGACCCGCUGGCCGAGGCGCUGUCCAAGGCGCUCAACCCGCGGCCGGCCGUGGUGCCGCUGUACUCGACGUCCAACACGUACCCGCGGGCCGACAGCCUGCGCAACAUCGACUACUGGGUCAACAACAUGAUCAGCCCCGUGUGGCUGACGUCGGCCGUCGCCGCCGCCGUCGAGGACGGCUUCCGCGUCUUCCUCGAGGUGUCGACGCACCCCAUCGUCUCGCACUCGAUCAACGAGACGCUGGCGGAGCGCGACUUCAGCGAGGCCGCCACCAUCGGCACCAUGCGGCGCAACGCCUCGGCCGAGAAGAGCAUCCAGCACGCCAUCGCGCAGCUGUGGGGCAAGGGCUCGCAGGUCGACUUCAAGGCGCAGUUCGGGCGCGCGUGGUGCACGACGGUGCCCGGCACGCCGUGGAGCCAGAAGCCGUACUGGCGCGAGGUCGAGACGGGGCCGACCGGACAGGGCACCCAGCACGACGUCGACAAGCACACGCUGCUGGGCCAGCGCACGCCCGUCGCCGGCACCGACACGGUCCUGUACACGACCAAGCUCGACGACAAGACCAAGCCGUUCCCCGGCACCCACCCGCUCGACGGCACCGAGAUCAUCCCCGCCGCCGUCUACGUCAACACCUUCCACCACGCCACCGGCGGCACCGAGAUCUCCGACAUCAAGCUGCGCGUGCCCGUGUCCAUGAGCAGCGACCGCCGUGAGGUGCAGAUUGUGGUGCAGGGCGACGAGGUCAAGGUCGCCUCGCGCCUGGAGCAGAAGAACGACGCCGCCUCGGCCGCCGACCACCUCGAGCACGCGUGGAUCCCGCACAGCUCGGCCCGCUGGGCCAUGCUCCCCAAGACGACCGCGCCCGCCCCCGUCUUCGACGUCGAGGGCAUCAAGAAGCGCAUCGGCACGCUGCUGCCCAACAGCUUCUCGUGGGACUACCUGCAGAAGAUCGGCGUGUCGGGCAUCGCCUUCCCGUGGCAGGUCGUCCAGCACUACGGCAACGAGAAGGAGAUGAUGGUGCGUGUCGACAUGGACCCGGAGACGGAGGCGCCGCAGUGGGAUCCGCACUCGUGGGCGCCCAUGCUCGACGCCGCCACGUCGGUCGGCUCGACCAUCUUCUUCAACGACCCGCGCAUGCGCAUCGUGUCGCAGAUCGACAAGGUGCUGCUGGUGUCGCAGCAGCCGCCGCCCAAGAUCGGCUACCUCUUCGUCGAGGAGGCGGCCGACGACCAGAGCCCGGCGGCGCACGUCAGCGUGCUGAGCGAGUCGGGCGAGCUGCUGGCCAAGUUCCAGAGCAUGCGCUUCUCCGACGUCGAGGGCGCGUCUGGCAUCGGCGGCGGCGUCGAGAGCCUCGCCCACCAGAUCGCCUGGAUCCCGCCCAAGUUCGCCGAGAAGCCGCUGCCGCUGGACCGCGUCGUGCUCGUGUCCGACGACAAGGCCCUUCUCGACCAGUACGCCGCCCAGGUCAAGGGCCAGGUGCCACAGGUGCUGCUGGCGAGCUCGGCAGAGGAGCUGCGCCAGCCCGGGACGCUCGAGUUGCUCAAGAAGAAGGGCUCCGCCGUCGUGUACCUGCCCGGCAAGGUCGAGUCGCUGCAGGAGGUGCCUGAGGCGACGCACAAGUACGUGUGGGAGACGGUCUGCCUGAUCAAGCUGCUCGUGACUGAGUCGGCGGCGGCCAAGCUGUUCGUCAUCACCGACCGCGUGCACAAGGGCGAGUCGGCGACGGGGCUGGCCCACGGCGCGCUGUACGGACUGGGCCGCAUCGCGGCGCAGGAGCACCCGGACGUCUGGGGCGCGCUGAUCGACGCCGAGGGCCCGCAGUUCCCCACGCUCGCCAUCAAGUACGUGCAGGACCAGGACGUGGUGCGCAUGGAGGACGGCAUGCCGCGCGUGGGCCGCAUGAGGCCGCUGGCCCGCGACCAGCGCCACGCCGCCGACUCGCAGAAGACGCUGCUGCCCAAGCCCGAGGGCACGUACGUCAUCACCGGCGGCUUUGGCGACCUCGGACUGGAGGUGCUGGACUUUUUGGUGGAGAAGGGGGCGCGCCGCAUCGUCGUCGUGUCGCGCCGGGCGCUGCCGCCGCGCAGCAAGUGGAACACGGUGGCCGACAGCAUCAAGCCGAUCGUGGCCAAGAUCCGGCUGUUGGAGAAGCAGGGCGCGAGCAUCCACGCGGUGGCGCUCGACAUCGGGGCGGAGGACGCGCCGGCGCAGCUGCUCGCGGCGCUGGACCGGCUCUCGCUGCCGCCGGUGCUGGGCGUCAUCCACGCGGCGGGCGUGCUCGAGGACAACCUCAUCCUCGACACGACGGCGCCGUCGUUCGCGCGCGUGCUGCAGCCCAAGGUUGCGGGCGCGCUGGCGCUGCACGCGGCCUUCCCGCCGGCGACGCUCGACUUCUUCGUGCUCUUCUCGUCCAUCGGGCAGCUCGUGGGCACCGCAGGCCAGGCGCCGUACGGCAGCGCCAACGCCUUCCUCGACGCGCUCGCGACGCACCGCCGGGUCCACGGCGACAACGCGGUGGCGUUCCAGUGGACGGCGUGGCGCGGGCUCGGCAUGGCCACGGCGACCGACUUCCUCACCGUCGAGCUCAACAGCAAGGGCAUCACCGACAUCUCCCGCGACGAGGGCUUCCGGGCGUGGGAGCACGUGGCCAAGUUCGACGUCGCGCACAGCGUCAUCACGCGCGCGCGCCCGCUCGAGCCGGGCGAGCCGGCGCCCAUCCCGCUGGUCGAGGAGAUCGCGCCGCGCCGGGUGACGUCCAUCGGGGCGUCAGCCGCCGCUGCUGCGGCCGAGGACGCCUCGAAGGACGCGGAGGCGCGGCCCAAGGACGGCCCCGAGCUCAAGGCGUGGCUGAGCGUCAAGAUCCGCGAGUGCAUCGGCGCGGUGCUGAUGAUGAACGACAUCGAAGACAUCGACCCGCGCGCGGCGGUCGCCGACCUCGGCGUCGACAGCGUCAUGACGGUGGCGCUGCGCACGAAGCUGCAGCAGGCCAUGUCCAUCAAGGUGCCGCCGACGCUGACUUGGAACCACCCGACGGUGGUGCAUCUCGUCGAGUGGUUCUACACCAAGCUGACGGAGAACUGA